UGACGCUGCGCAGCCGGGCUGCUGCUGCUGCUGCUGGCGCCUCGCCUCGUCCGUCUCCAGCUCCUCGCGCUCAGGGGAGCUGUCAUGAGAUCUCCUCGCGCUCCUGCUCACCGGCAUCUGGCUGCUAGAAGACGCGCGUGAAGCGGGAAGCGGGACCGACCAGCCGCAGAUCAUGACUUCAUAGGUUUCUGGUUCGGAAAACGGGCUCCGGGCAUCUCUAAUUGCGCUGACCGGUGCUGGGGGGUCGAGAUCUCUGGACCCUGAACCCGUCACUCAAACAGGUUGUCGGGGUGUUUGUCACUCUGAAAGGGGUCUUCGGGGCACAGCCGAGGAUGCUAUCCCCCAGAUGGUGACUCCGAAAGGGUUGGAUGGAGAGCUGGUCGAAUGUCAGCGGGAACUAUCGUGAUAACCGGAGGAAUUCUUGCUGGGGUGAUACUGCUGUGCAUCGUAGCAGUUCUCUGUUACUGUAGACUCCAGUAUUACUGCUGUAAGAAGAACGAGUCCGAGGCGGACGUGGGCUCGGUGGCGGGAGCAGAUCCUCUGUCUCAUUUCCCCUGCAACGCCUGCAACGCCCUGGCCAUGGACGGGACCGACAUCACGCCCGUCUCCCUAGACCAGCUGGACUCGGGUUCGCACCACAGCCCCUGCCCCUCGUGUUCGCUGUACCCCGUCCGCUCUGGACUCACAGACGACAUGCGUAACGGAGGGGAGCGGCUGGGCUUCUACUACGAAAACCCGUCAGUGUCUCUUCCUUUGCCCGUCAACCACCCGACUUCGUCCCCUCUGAGCUACUACAACCCCACGGACGCUUUCCCUGCCCCGCCGCGCCCCUACAGCACUGACGUCUGACUCUCUCCUCACUGGACUCUUCUUCACACACUUUUACACCAACACACUUAACUUUACUUGCACAAGCCAUUUAGAAUAACAAAAA